AUGAUGCAAUCCUUGAAACCAAUCAAGCAGAUGAGCCAGCAUGUUUGCACUUUCGCAUCAUAUAGCCAUGAUAUGACUCGACAAAUCGAGACUCAUCACUAUGUUAGCCGCCGCAAUCAAGAUUUCCUCCAGUGUGCUGUUUAUGAUUCUGAAGACCCCAAUGGACGGCUAAUCGGGGUUGAGUAUAUAAUAUCGGAUAGGAUCUUUGAAACUCUUGGUCCGAAGGAACAGAAGCUUUGGCAUUCACAUGGGCUGUGGGUGAAUCCUCGUGUUCCAGAGAUGAUUCAGAAGCCUGAACUCAGAGAUUUAGCCCAGAGUUACAGCAAGUUUUGGUGCACAUGGCAAGUUGACAGAGGUGAUAGGCUUCCCCUUGGUGCACCUGCACUGAUGAUGUCUCCACAAGGUGUGAACAUGGGUAUGGUGGAUUUAGUUAAGAAAAGGGAUGACAAUUACAGGAUAUCAGCUGAAGAACUGAAAAUAAGCAAAAUAGAUAUAGCAAUACCUGAGAUGACAAAUUCUUAUGCGGAUUACUGGAUGCAGACUGGCAAGGGUUUUGCUGUUGACGUAGAGAAGACAGAUAUGCUGUUGGAAGAGGUUUUCUCGGCUGCAACAGCAGCUGGUGAAUCUGCUCUGGACAUGGAAAGCUGUGGAUGA